AUGGCUCAAGAACCCCCAUCUUCUUCCCAAACCCUAGAAUCUGUAAUCCACCAUGACGAUCUUCAGCAAUCAGCUUCUACUGUUACUUCAAGUUCCAGUGAUACCAACAAUCCAACUCUCACACGUAACGUAUCCUCUAGUCGUCUCAACGCUAAGGCUCCGGAAUUUGUUCCUCGAACUACCACCGCCGCAUCUUCCCCGUCGUCAUCCUCUACUACGACUUCAACUACUGUCACUACUCGCGCCGAUCUAUCUCAGCCGAGGCUAGUUAUCUCCCCUCCUCCGACUUCUCCGGGAAUAAUUCAUUAUCACCAUCACCAACAUCAUAAUCACACUCAUAAUCAUAAUCAUCCACGCCCCUUUAAUGGCGCCACGGGGUUCCUCGAUCAUAAGGAUGUAUCGGUUCAAGCUCAGCGAACAGUUCAUGGAGAUCCAGAUUCGAAAGAUGGUCUCACUGAUGAAGCUACUCAGAAGAUUCUCAAUCAGGUGGAAUAUUACUUCAGCGAUAUAAAUUUGGCAACUACUGAUCAUUUAAUGAGGUUCAUCAACAAAGAUCCUGAAGGAUAUGUGCCAAUAUCUGUUGUUGUAUCUUUCAAGAAAAUCAAAGCCCUUGUCAACAGCAACUCCCAGCUUGCUAGCAUACUGAGAAACUCUACAAAACUGAUGGUUAGUGAAGAUGGGAAGAAAGUCAAACGUCAACAUCCAUUGACCGAGUCAGACAUGGAAGAACUUCAGUCUCGGAUAAUCGUUGCUGAAAAUUUACCUGAGGAUCAUUGUCAUCAGAACCUAAUGAAGGUUUUCUCAGUUGUUGGAAGUGUAAAAACAAUCCGUACUUGUCAGCCUCAAGCUUCAAAUGGUGGGCCAUCUUCAAAUUCAAGAACAGCAAAAGCAGAUGGUAUGCUCUUCAGUAACAAGUUGCAUGCUUUUGUGGAAUACGAGUCCAUUGAGCUUGCAGAAAAAGCAGUUAUGGAGUUAAACAAAGAGGGAAGCUGGAGAAAUGGUUUGAGAGUUCGUUUACUAAGACGCCCGGUUCAGGUGAAAGCUGCCCAGGCACGUGGAAAGAAAUCCGGGCAGGAAGAAGAGGCUGCCCAAAAAGAAGAUGACACAUCCACAUCAGAUCAACAAGUGGAAGACACCAACCAACAAUCUGAUGUCCAGUCACACGAGCAAAUAAUAGUUGAGGAUCAGGCGAAUGAGAAAGAGGGCGGGCAUAAAAAAGGGCGGAACCGUGGGCGGGGGAAAGGGCAGGGGCAGGGGCAGGGGCAGGGGAGAGGAAGGUCACAAUAUAAUAAUCAUCACAACAAUAGAAUGGCUCAUGUGGUGGCACCGGUGUUGGGAAAUUCCGUAAAUACCCCUGAGCAUGGUGGUGGUGGGGGGAAGCAACCUCCGGGGCCACGAAUGCCAGAUGGCACGAGGGGAUUUGCUAUGGGGCGGGGGAAGCCUUUGGUUAUUUCUGUUUCUGACUAG